UCUCCUUUCUCCUCCUCCAUUGGCUCCACUCUCCAAUGUCGUCCACAUGUCCCUAGUUGCAGCUGUCCUUCCCAAUUCUCUCGCAUGUCCAUCCACCUAUCAAUCCUGUGAUUCUCUCUCUCUCUCUCUGUUUGCCUCUGUCUCCCUCCUCUGUAUCCCCUUUUGGCUUUUCCUUCUGAACUAUCUGACGAUGAAAAGAUAACUUGGAAUUCGAUCAGCCAUGGAGAAAUCAAUUCCUGGUGGCGACGACGACCCAAGAAACGAAGAAUUUGCUGAGAAAUAUGUGUGUCAUUUUUCCGAUAGGAUUACAUCAAGAGGCAUAUGGCUAGGUGAUAACCCUCUGCAUUUCUCAACACCUCUCCUAAUGACGCAGCUCUCUCUAAUUUCAACAAUAACUCACGGCAUUUACAUCAUACUCAAGCCUCUGGGACAACCCAUGAUCGUUUCUCAGAUACUCGGUGGUAUAAUAUUAGGUCCUUCAGUUCUUGGGAAAAGCCCGGGGUUUGCAGAAGCGUUGUUCCCGACGGUGGGCAAAACCGUUCUCGACACCCUCUCAGUUUUCGGCUUCGUGCUCUUCAUCUUCCAAAUCGGAAUCAAAAUGGACCCAGGCAGAGUACUGAGAUCAGGAAGACUGGCCUUUGCCAUAGGCACAUUAGGUUUCCUGGUUCCUUACGCAAUGGCCGGGAGUACAGCUUUGAUCCUCAAGGUUUUCGUAGCCAUGGACGAUGAUUUACAACUGUUGCUUACUCACAUUGCAGCAACUCUCUCCAUGUCUCCCUUCCCAGUUAUUGCCAUCUUCCUCGCAGAGCUCAACAUCCACAACUCCGAGGUGGGUCGCAUAGCUACGUCUUCUUCGAUCAUCUGUGACAUAUGCAGCUGGACGUUCAGGACAUUUAGGUUUGCGGAAAGGAUCGCCACCACCAAGUCUGUAUCCACAUCGAUCUACUCGGUGUUAUCCAACGUGACGUUGAUUAUGGUGAUUCUGUUUGCCAUCCGCCCGGUAGCGCUGUGGACAAUCCGAAACACCCCAGAAGGGAAAACUGUGAAAGAGAUCUACAUAUUUGCGUUUCUUACCGCUGUGAUGGGGUUUGGAUACAUCGGAGAGUUCAUCGGACAACAUGCUUUGUUGACGUCCUUCCUGCUAGGCCUGGUUAUACCGAACGGACCUCCCCUCGGAGAUGCAUUAGCAGAGAAGCUGGAUUGCUUUGUGUCGGUGCUGCUUGUGCCCAUGUUCUUCACCAUUUGUGGGUUGAGGACUAAUGUUUAUGCCAUAAAGAAGCUGAAGAAUAUGUGGAUCAUACAGUCGAUAGUGUUUGUGGCGUUUGUGGGAAAGAUCAUAGGAACCAUAUUGCCUCCUCUCUACUACAAGAUGCCGUUUCGUGAUGCUUUCUCACUUGCUCUCAUUAUGAACUCCAAGGGCAUAGUUGAAGUCGCCAUAUUUAAUGCGUGGAUGGACGUUAAAGUAUUAAGCGAUCAAUCUUUCGCCAUUUUGAUUAUUUCAGUGGUGCUUAUAACAGGGGUCGUGUCACCCCUUGUAGGGUUUCUCUAUGACCCUUCCAAGAGAUACACAGCCUACAAGAGAAGGACCAUCCUGCACAACGAACGCGAUGCAGAACUCCGAAUACUUGCCUGCGUCCAUUGUCAUGAAAAUGUUCGCGCCAUCAUCAACCUCCUUGAGGCCUCCAAUCCAACCAAGGAAAGCCCCAUAGGUGUCUAUGUUCUCCACCUUGUCAAGCUCAUCGGCCGCGCCUCGUCGCUGCUCGUCGCCUACCGGCCACGCAAGAAGGAGGCCUCGAGGUCUAGCCCCUCCGAGCGCAUCUUCAAAGACUUCAAAUCCUUUGAGCAAAACAACCUAGACAUGGUGAGUGUGCAUUCCUACGUGGGGAUUGCACCUUACUUGACAAUGCAUGAUGAUGUAUGCUCGCUUGCCUUGGAGAAGAAAACGUCUCUGAUAAUCAUGCCCUUCCACAAGCAAUGGUUCUACGAGCGGUCAGUGCAGUCAUCCUGUGUGCUAAGGAACUUGAACUGCAAUGUGCUUGACAAGGCUCCCUGCUCCGUGGGGUUGCUCAUUAAUCGCUCCUACCUGAGACAGUCUAAGCCCAUGUCCGACACAUCAUACCAUGUCGCCGUGCUGUUCUUCGGAGGCGCCGACGACCGAGAAGCACUGGCAUACGCCGAGCGUAUGGCGGAGAACCCACGGACAAGGCUCACGGUGCUUAGAUUCUCUGCAUCUGAUCAUGUCAUCUAUAGCAGUGCCAGAAGCAGGAACCUUGAUAAUGAAAUGUUGAAUGAAUUGAAACACAACGCUGCGCUUAGUGAGAGGCUUGUGUUCUCAGAGGAAUUAGUCAAAGAUGGAGCAAAGAUAAUCAAUAUUAUUCGAUCCAUGGAGAACUGCUACGACCUGGUUAUGGUGGGGAGACACCAUGCAGAGUGGCAGAAUAUGCCAGGGCUUGGAGAAUGGAGUGAGUGCCCAGAGAUAGGGAGAAUUGGUGAUGUACUUGCUAGCCCAGAUUUCAAGGGUGGGUCUUCUGUCUUGGUGGUGCAACAACAGACCCGGGUGUGGGGCAUGAUUGAAUCUCAAGAAUCGUUGAACUUGAGAAACAAUGGAUUACUAGUAGGAUGAAGCACAACAUUUAAUUAUUCUGGUCGAUCCAGGGAAGAGAUGUACAGAGAUAUGUAUGUAUACUUUACUAUAUAUUCCAGUUAAUUAGCGCUAGCGCUGUACA